AUGUACUGUGGUCAGAGACGUCCAAUAUGAGAUGGCUCAGAGGGUUUGACAUUGAACUUUGAUAUUUGGAGCCCAUGGCCUCUCAAGUGUUAGACUGUAGGAGAGGGAUCAGGUCCCUGAGUACAGAGUUUGACUUUGCGGUUUUUCACUCAAACUAGAGUUUUGCAACAAACACCUGCGACAACUCAAGAAAAUGUGCAAACCCAGAUUUCACCUGACCUCAUCUUCACCUCAUGUGUGGUAAGGAAUGUCGGAGCAGGAGGAAACUUGGGUGUGGCAACGAUUAUCACUGCUGAGCGCCUGUGAUUGCUGUCAAGGAUGAGCAGGGGAAACAAAGAGGUGGAUGAGAGAGAGAGGUGGAGUGUAGAGAAGAGGUGGGUUUUUCUGAUGCUAUAAAAGCCCAGUGUAAGUCUCCGGAGUACAGCUUGAGAGAAGCUGACAACCCAUACAGCCUGUGUCCAUUCUGAGACAUAUGCCUGGAUCACAUUGCACAAAGGAUAUUCAGAAGAAUAUCAACUGUUCCGCUUCUGCUCCACUGCCCUCUAACUUUCCUGCCACCACCCUCACCGAACUCCAGCCACUGAUGGCGCACCCUGACCUGCAAUCUGAGAAUGACAAGCCCCAGAUGGACAAGAAGGACUCUGCGCAGCCUGCAGGACGCACAAACCUGCAGAAGGCCAGGGCUCGCUUCCUAAAGGGAGUCUCCUACUUCUCUGGAGACAUGGAGGUGUUUGGAAAAUGGAUGCAAAAACAGUUCAUCUUGCUGCAGAUACUGGACUGGGUUCUGCGUGGAGCUGCCCAGGUGAUGUUUGUCAACAACCCUCUAAGUGGCCUCAUCAUUUUUGCCGGCCUCAUCCUGCAGAACUACUGGUGGGCCCUCAAUGGCUUUGUGGGCACACUCUUUGCCACAAUUUCUGCCCUCAUUCUGCAACAGAACAGGGGUGCAAUAGCUGCAGGGCUGUACGGAUACAACGGCAUCCUGGUGGGCCUGCUGAUGGCUGUGUUCUCCAACGCAGGAGACUGGUACUGGUGGCUUCUGCUACCCAACAUCUUCAUGUCUAUGAUGUGCCCGAUCGUGUCCAGUGCCCUGGCAUCUAUUAACAGUCGGUGGGAUCUGCCAGUGUUCACGCUGCCCUUCAAUAUCCUGGUGUGUCUCCACAUGGUGGCCACCGGCCACUACAACCACCACUUCCCCCAAGUCCUCAUUCAACCUCGCUCGGAGCUGCCCAACAUCACAUGGGCUGAGAUUGAUGUAGCCAAGCUAUUCAUGUCAGUGCCUGUGGGGAUAGGUCAAGUCUAUGGCUGCGACAACCCUUGGACAGGAGGAAUCUUCAUCAUCUCACUCUUCAUCUCCUCCCCUAUCACCUGUGCUCAUGCUGUCCUGGGAUCUGCAGUUGGCAUGGUUUCUGGCCUGGCUCUGUCAGCUCCAUUUGGAGACAUCUACUUUGGUCUAUGGGGAUACAACUGUGUGUUAGCCUGCAUUGCCAUCGGAGGAAUGUUUUACGCUCUCACCUGGCAGGUGCACCUGCUUGCCAUCACAUGCGCUUUUUUCUGCGCAUACCUCGGCUCAGCCAUUGCCAACAUCAUGUCCAGGUUUGGUCUGCCAGCCUGCACCUGGCCUUUCUGUCUCUCUGCCCUCACUUUUCUCCUCAUCACCGCGGAGACCAAUAAGAUCUUUAAGCUGCCGCUCGCCAAAGUCACCUACCCCGAGAAAAACCUGGGCUUCUUCUGGAAACUGAAGAAGCAGGAGAAAAUGGAGAAGGCGGAGAAAGAGAAGAAAGAGAAGGAUGAGCAGCAGAGGGCCAUCGAAGAAGAAGUGAUACUGAGCGAGAAAGAACAACUGAGGCUGGAGCUUGAAAGAAUGGAAGAAGGCAAAGUAACGAGUGAGGCAUCAGAGGGUAAAAAUGACGAGACACAAAUCAAAGACCAUGUACUAGACAUGGAACAACAAGGUACUGAAGAAGAAACCAGACAAAACAAUCUAACUGAGGUCACUGUUGCUGAUAAUGUUUAAAACUAAACCUAUGCAAAGACGGAAAAAGAGAGAAAGAGAUGAUACGCUUAAAUGUAUGAAGGAUGUAAAUGAGUGUAUUUUACUAUAAGUUGAAAACCUAUGCUGGUGCUCCUUUCUGAGUCCAAUGGUUUAAUGGAAUGAAUGGAUAAUGUGUUGCACUAGUUUGUUCUGUAAUAUUGUUGGCUGGACCAACCCUAGAAACAGAAUUGUCCGUGACUGACUGAGUCACUGGCUGUGUCCAAAAUCUCUCCCUCAUUCACUUUGUCCAUUGUCGAAUUUUUGAGGGUACUAUAUAGUGGAUAUAUUUAUACACUCAGCAUUUGGACACUCAAAUAAAAUGGCGGAGGCUGGAACGCACUAUAUAGUAAAUAGGGAGUGACUUUGGACACAGCAAGUGAUUCACUGACUGAGUGAUGAAAUUACACCAUUGGUCGGACGGCCGAGUGUUAGAGUUUCCCCAUUGGCCGUUGCCCUUUCAAAAUGAUUAUAUCAUCAGGUGGUGUUUACAGUCAUGUCCAUGGGCACUCAGCCUCAGCAGGACUGAGCGCUGCAGCCCUUAGUGUAGUUCACUCUCUGCAGGACUGAGAGUGAGCGCAGCCCUGAAGUCAGUUUUUAAAACACACAUUUCCCGAUGACACUCACAGGAGCACCAACUCGCGGAAAGUCCGCAGAUACAGUCGUGUUUCAUAUGUGUGCACUAGUAAACAGGGUGCUAUAGGACUGUUAAUAUGUCACUUUAUUAAGUUUUAAUAUAUUUUUUAUUUGUGAAUCAUCUUA